AUGGGUAGUGUAGGCGAUGUUGAUAACGCGCUUCACAAGUAUCGUGUAGGGAUCGAUGUCGGAGGUACCAAUACUGAUGCCGUACUGAUCUCACUGUCGCCGACGAAGAUCGUCGCCUCACAUAAGGCACCCACAACACCAGAUGUGACGACAGGUAUUGCGGAAGCAGUGCGCGCAAUUGUCUCGACAAGCAAUGUCCCUCUUGAAACUAUCAGCUGCGUUAUCAUUGGGACUACGCAUUUCGUAAACGCUGUCGUCCAACGAUCGCCAUCUCUUCAACGCGUCGGUGUAGUUCGCCUCUGCGGGGGCGGCGAGGAUGGGUUCGGACUCGGCAUGCCGCCAUUUGUGGACUUUCCCAAGGACUUACGCCUGCUCAUCUCAACCAGACCUUUCUUUUGUCAAGGCGGCCACCAAAUCACAGGGACAGAGAUCUCGCCACUCGAUGAGGCCGAGUUGGACCGCGUAGCCGAGGAGUUGGCGACUGCUGGUAUCUUCAAUGUUGUCAUAUCAGGAAUAUACUCACCUCUGAACUCGGCGCACGAGAAAAGGGCGGGGAACCUCAUUCAGGCCAGAUUGACCGACAUAUGCACCCGGUCAAAUCUCAAUGUUCGCCCAAGGGUCACUCUGUCGCAUCGGAUCUCGUCAGUUGGCUUUUUGGCGCGAGAAAAUGCUGCCAUUUUGAAUGCGGCUCUCCGGCCCCUCGCCGAGAAGACUAUCUACGGGUUUCAGAAAGCUAUGAGAGACAUCUUCCAGGGGAGCCCUUGCACUCUGUAUCUUACUCAGAAUGACGGCAGCGUACUUAGUGCGCCAGACGCCAUUGACCUUCCAAUUCGUACAUUCAACUCUGGGCCAACAAAUUCGAUUCGUGGAGGCGAGUUUCUGUGGAAUACCGCUUAUUCCGACACACAAGGACAAGAUACCGGACGCAAAGAUCCUCUUGUGGUGAUCGAUAUUGGGGGUACCACCUCAGAUAGUGGUUUGCUGCUUCCUAAUGGUCUUCCCAGAAUGAGCUCACUGAUGAGCCUGGUCGGGGGUGUGCGCACGAACUUUGCUCUUCCCGCGGUAGAGAGCAUUGGGUUGGGAGGGGGAAGCAUCGUCAGGGAACUGGGGGAGACCCUCACGGUUGGCCCCGAUAGUGUUGGCUUUGAACUUUCACGAAAAGCCCGUAUGUUUGGAGGCAACAUCUUGACGGCCACCGAUAUCAUAGCCGCAUCCCAGUUACACGCGCCUUCGCCUUCAAACCCUCUCGAAGGAUUUGGAGAACCUGGUCUGUUGAAGGACAUUACCCCUGACACAGUGAAGAUGGCCAAGGACAAGAUGCGAAAGAUCGUGGAAGAAGUGGUUGAUCGUACCAAGGUGCAGAAAGGAGACAUCGAUGUUCUCAUUGUGGGAGGUGGUGCCCUUCUGAUCGACACUGACAAACCUCUCGCUGGAGUUCGCGCUGUGCGGAAAGUCAAGGGCGGAGAAGUCGCGAAUGCCGUAGGCGCUGCUAUCUCUCGUGUCUCUGGUGUCGUGGAUACGGUUGCGGAUACGUCCCAUCAAACCUUGAAGCAGGCACAGGACACGGUAAUCGACAUGGCAAUCAGUGCUGCUGUCGAGAAUGGAGCUCGGAGGGAUACCAUGGAGAUUGCAGAAAUCACAAUCCUCCCUAUUCAAUAUGUUGAUGGCAAGGCACGAAUAAUCAUCCGGGCAGUCGGCGUCCUUGACACGGUCAGAAGUUCAAAGCUAGAGCCCAUAGGAGAAUACGAUGUCAGAGAGACCAUGGACGAGACCCCGAGCGGGGAGGCGACAGCGGCUGCAGCCUCAACAGAUGCUGUUGACUCAACCGAUAUCAGCAGCUAUCAACCGGAAGUCAAGCAAGGUCUGUGGACAAUAUCGAGGACUGAUCUUGGGUGGAUCUCAGACGGAUGCAAGAUUCUAGGCUGCGGUGGAGGAGGGGAGCCCUAUCAACAGUAUCUCAAGAUCAGAGCACUCCUUGAAAAGUCCCCAGGGUCCGUGAAGGUGAUCUCGCCAGCAGGCCUUCCAGAUCAUGCCAGAGUUGGUUGGACAGGCUGUCUGGGUAGCCCUGAAGUCAGCAUGGAGAGAAUGGAAGCCAAUGAAUGCAACAAAGCUCAUGAUGAGCUAACACGGGUCAUGGGUUACCCUCCGGUGGAAGGGUUUCUAGCCCUGGAGAUCGGUGGUGCAAACGGCCUGGUUAACCUGGAGGUUGCGGCAGCCCACGGCGUGCCUUGCGUCGACGCCGACUAUAUGGGCAGAGCGUACCCUACAGGCUGGCAGACCACCGUGAAUGUCUAUGGCUCGCCUCGAGGAGAAGCACUUUUGCCGGCGACGAUUGCAAGUGGAGAUGGAUCGUACAUGACCAUGACCUCCAGCAGGACAGACAAGCUCGUAGAUGCCACACUUCGUGCCGCCACUGUCGAGAUGGGCUGUCGAGCAGGGAAGGCCGGACCCCCCAAGACGGCAAAGGUGGUAAAGGAACAGGCCAUCGUCAACACCGUCUCUUUGGCCUGGUGGAUUGGAAGAGCAGUGGCCCUGGAGAAGAAUGUAACGGACAAAGCGAAAAGAAUCGUCGAGGCAGUCGGUGGGUCUGAGAGCGCCAGGAUCCUGGCAGAGGGCAAGGUCACGAGCGUUGAGCGGGUUCUGAAAAAGGGCCAUACGUACGGCAUUGUUGAGGUUGAUGGUCUUCUCAGCGACGGGUCACCAGCUAUCGUCAAGGUGCCAUUCAAGAACGAAAACGCAUUUGUCGAGGCAACCACCCCCGAAGGUCGAGUUUCGGUGCUGGCAUCGGUGCCAGAUCUCAUUGCUCUUCUUGAUUCCGAAACAGGGUUCGGUCUAGGCACACCUGAAUACAAGUACGGUCUGAGGGUGACAAUUGUAGCUAUUGCAGCGUCUCCCCGUUGGACAGACACGCCCAGGGGAUUGGAGCUUGGAGGGCCGUCUUCGAUGGGAUUCGAUGAUAUUCGGUACGUGCCCAUCGGAAAGUACUCGAAGCCGCGAAGUGUGAUUGAAGCGUAUGGACGAGCGACGGCCUAG